AUGAACUCGCUGGUGGUGUUGUUUUCUUUGAUGGCGUUUGCCACGGCGAAGCCCUCGCACCUAGUGGCUUUCUCUGGUGCACCAUCGGCCUAUACAUCGGAAUCCAGAGUUGAUGUCCACUCAUCGCCUUCGAUUGUGACAUCAGGUGCCGUCGCACCGGUCGCUCGGACUUACGUCGCGGGACCCGCAUUCGCCGCUGCUAAUGCUGCCUUCGCUGCUCCAGCUGCGUAUUCUCAGCAGUCCCGUGUGGACUUCGUCAAGUCUUCGCCAGCUGUCGUGAGCACCUACUCUGCUGCUCCAGCUGCGUAUUCUCAGCAGUCCCGUGUGGACUUCGUCAAGUCUUCGCCAGCUGUCGUGAGCACCUACUCUGCUGCUCCCGCUGCUUUUGGUACACCCGUCAUUGCAGGUCCUUCUGCAUCAUCGUACCAGUCUCGCGUGGACAUCAAGUCCUCACCUGCUGUAGUCAACACUUACUCUACUGCUCCCGUAGUUUCUUCGGCGGCUAUCGCUGGACCAGCGUCUUUUGCUGCUCCCGCUGCUAUAGCCGCUCCUGCCGCAACGUCAUAUCAAUCUCGUUUAGACAUUAAGUCAUCUCCUGCCGUAGUCAGCACUUACUCAGCAGCUCCCGUAGCUAUUUCUGCCCCUGCCGCUAUUGCAGCUCCUGCCGCAACAUCUUACCAAUCUCGUUUGGAUAUUAAAUCAUCUCCUGCCAUAGUCAGCACUUACUCAGCAGCUCCCGUAGUUAGCCAAGCAGCUAUUGCAGCUCCUGCCGCAACAUCUUACCAAUCUCGUCUGGACAUUAAGUCAUCUCCUGCCGUAGUCAGCACUUACUCAGCAGCUCCCGUAGUUAGCCAAGCAGCUAUUGCCACCCCUGCCGCUAUUUCAGCACCUGCCGCAACAUCUUAUCAAACUCGUUUAGACAUAAAGUCUUCUCCUGCCGUAGUCAGCACUUAUUCAUCUGCUCCCGUAGUUGCUUCCGCAGCUAUUGCCACCCCUGCUGCAAUCGCAGCUCCAGCUGCAACAUCAUAUCAAUCUAGAUUGGACAUUAAGUCGUCUCCCGCUGUAGUCCGUACUUACUCAGCUGCUCCCGUAGUUGCUCAAGCAGCUUAUGCCGCCCCUGCGGCUAUCGCAGCUCCUGCCGCUUCAUCUUACCAAUCUCGAGUAGACAUUAAAUCGUCUCCAGCUGUAGUAAGCACUUACUCUUCAGCUCCCAUUGCUACCCCCGUUCGUGCCGCUUAUGCUGCUCCUGCGGCUGUCGUAGCGAAUGUUGCCACCCCUGUGGCCGCAUCAACUUACCAAUCUCGGGUUGAUGUAAAAUCUUCUCCCGGUGUUAUCAGCACAGUUGGUGCUGCUCCCAUAGCCUACUCUGCUCCCAUAGCCACCGCUGCUUACAGAGCCCCAAUCGCUACAACAGCUUAUGCUGUUGAAGGCUGUGCGCCAGCUGUUGUCUCCUCAAGAGUUGUAGAAACUCCUGAAGUGGCUGCCGCCCGCGCAGCACAUUUGCAAGCAAAAGCUCUCGCAGAAGGUCACUUCAUUCAUAAACGAUCAGCUACUUUGGUGGGCUCUUACCUGGGAGCAGCAAUAGUUCCUGCAGCGUCAUCACAUCAAUCUCGUGUUGAAAUUAAGUCAUCGCCUGCCGUCGUCAGCACCUACGCCGCUGCACCGGUUCUCUCAACAUACGCUGCAGCGCCAUUCGCCUACACCGCGCCGAUUGCGACUGGAGUAUACGGCGUACACCCCUGGUGAGCUUCAUCGAGAAAAUGGGGAUCGUCGAUUCUCGGUUCAGAUACAUCGAACGACUGAAAUAUUUUGU